AUGUAUAGCAUGCUGGACACAGACAUCAAGAGCCCUGUGCAGCAGAGCAAUGCACAUACUGGGGGGCCUGGGACUCCAGGGGGCAAAGGCAAUGCCACCACUCCAGACCAGGACCGAGUCAAGCGACCCAUGAAUGCAUUCAUGGUAUGGUCCAGAGGGCAACGGAGGAAAAUGGCCCAGGAGAACCCUAAAAUGCACAAUUCUGAGAUCAGCAAGCGGCUGGGGGCUGACUGGAAGCUCCUGAGCGAUGCAGAGAAGAGACCCUUCAUUGAUGAGGCCAAAAGACUGAGAGCUGUCCACAUGAAGGAAUACCCGGAUUACAAGUACAGACCCAGGAGGAAGACCAAGACCCUUCUGAAGAAGGACAAAUACUCUCUGCCUGGCAAUCUCCUGGGUCCAGGGGUAAGUUCAGUAGCCAGCUCAGUUGGAGUUGGCCAGCGGAUAGACACUUAUGCCCACAUGAAUGGCUGGACUAAUGGGGCUUACAGCUUGAUGCAGGACCAGAUUGGGUACUCUCAACAUCCUGGCAUGAACAGCCCUCAAAUUCAGCAGAUGCACAGGUAUGACAUGACUGGUCUUCAGUAUAGCCCCAUGAUGUCUUCUGCUCAGACCUACAUGAACGCAGCUUCUACCUACAGCAUGUCACCAGCAGCCUACAACCAGCAAACCUCUACAGUCAUGAGCCUGGGAUCCAUGGGGUCGGUGGUCAAGUCGGAACCAAGUUCUCCUCCACCUGCAAUCACUUCUCACACUCAAAGAGCUUGCUUAGGAGACCUGAGAGAUAUGAUCAGCAUGUACCUUCCUCCAGGUGGAGAUGCAAGUGACCCAUCUUCCCUCCAGAACAGCAGACUACACAGUGUCCAUCAGCAUUACCAAAGUGCAGGGACUGGGGUCAAUGGCACUGUACCAUUAACGCACAUUUAA